GUAUCAAUGCUAGGCUUUUGCUCAAGACUACGUACCAAAAAUUCAAGCAUCCCUAUAAGUGAAUAUGAGUGGUGAAAUAAGUCGGAACAUGGGCGAAAGAUAUCCCGAAGAAGCAUCAAAAUUGUUGAAAGGUAGCAUCAUUUAUCAUUACGACGUAUGCGCUGAAUACUAUUAUUCCCUUUGGGGCGAGCAUAUCCACCACGGAUACUUCCUCACUCCCGCCGAUACAAAAGAAAUUGCUCAAAUACAACAAAUAGAACUCUUGGUUCACCAAUCGAACCUCGAACCGGGAAGCAAAGUGUUGGAUAUUGGAUGUGGACUCGGCGGUACUUCUCGAUAUCUAGCUCGAGAAUUGGGUUGUGAGGUGAUAGGAAUCGCAUUGAGUGAAGCAGAGAUAAGGAUUGCGAGGCGAGUGAGUAUAGGAGAGGCAGAUGGUGAAAAUGAGGGUGAAGAUGGGUUCAUUAGGCUGGGUAAAGGGAAGGUAAAAUUCAUGGUACUGGACGCUGAGAUGAUUGAGGAAACUUUUGAGAAUGAAACGACAAAAAUGUUUGACUGUGUAUGGAUUUCGGAUGCAAUGAGCCAUCUUCCAGAUAAGAGAAAGUUCGUCAGUGACGUAGCAAGGCUCUUGGAUAUUGGAGGAAAGCUGGUGCUUGCGGAUUGGUUUGCAGCUACUUCUGGUAUGAACGACAGUGUGAAGACUAAGCAGCAAAAGGACGACUUGGCAGCUAUUGAAAAUGGCAUGAUGCUUCCUCCACUCAUCAGUCAAGAAGUAUUUAUACGCUUGGCUGGAAUGAAGGGGCUAAGUCUUUUAGUCGAACCACUCGAGAUUAGUGAUAAAGUAUCGCGGACAUGGGAUAUAUCGUGGUCCUUAAUUACAAAGCCAAGAUUAUGGCUAUUUGCUCUUUCUCAAGGAAGGGAAGGGCUAGCGUUUGUAGGUGCUCUGAGGGCGAUGAGAAGGGCAUAUUCGAACCAGACAUUUCAAUAUGCUGUUUUGGUGUUUGGGAAAUAAAACAGAACUGUGUGUAUCUUGUUGUAAAACCUUAUGGGUGAAGUCAGUGGUAGAUAAUAUUUCCAUAGACGUUGCUUAUUUCAAAGCCCACGUUGGUCAUUGGGCGCGGGCGAAUCGAGUUCCGUGCAUUUGGAAACCUGCAUUUGAAAAUUUGCCAGUUACAGUCCCCUCAUCUUGUAUAGCGCCAACAUCAUUUUGAUGCUUAGUGUUAUCGCGAAAUAGAAGUAUUAGCCAAAUAGGAUAGAAUGUCAAUACCUAAGCCGGGGUUUGUAAACCGUCUGGGAAAAUGUAAUCAUCUUACUCCGAAUUAUACUUCAAAUUAUUUCUCUCCCGUGGGUCAACCACAAACACACAUUUUAUACUGAGCUUCGGCUUACUACUCUGAGUAUUCUUCAUCGGUAGAAGUUUCUAUCUAUCGCCAACACUGUGUGAGGAAGGAACAUAGAUCGAAUUGUCAAACAAACACA